AUGGAAUGGCGCUACCAUCUGUCACAUGAAGUGUUUGUUCGCAGUUUGGACAAGGAGAAGCGAGCGCGACUGCUGCAAUUCAUCACCGGCACUUGUCACAUUCCCUUGGGUGGAUUCGGUGAGCUGAUGGGAAGCAACGGACGUCAACUCUUCUGCAUCGAGAAAACUGGUACCGAUGCCUGGUUGCCACGCAGUCACACCUGCUUCAACCGUUUAGAUUUACCACCUUACACUUCAUAUGACCAAUUGCGUGAAAAACUCCUUCUUGCUAUUGAGGAAACUGAAGGAUUUGGCCAAGAAUGA